AUGGCGACCCAGCCUCCGCCGGCGCCGCGCAAGACCAGAAGGUCCAAGACGGUCCUGAGCCCAGUCCCCACGGAGAUCCCGGACGGCGCCAUCAUGGUGCACUCGACUGAUUCCACCAUCGCGGUCCCGAGCCACGGCGGCGACUCGGUCGCCCAGCGCGUGAAAAGCGCGAACCCGAAGCGGCCGACGAUGGCCGCCAUCCAAGCAUUGCAGGGCCGCAGCGCGGGCGCGCAGCGCGAGAUCGAGGCGGCGGCGCCGCCGCGGCGGAAACGCGGCGCGGGCACGCCCGCCAGCUGCCGCCGCGCGCCGAAGAAGAAGACGCCCUUGUCUCGGGACGAGGAAACGCUCAAGCUCUUCCCGAAUGGGCCGAAGACGCUGACGCCGCCGCGGCCCCUCGAGCCGGUUGAGUGGAACGGCGAUUUAUGGUGCCCAUUCUGCUUGAACCAGGCGAAAAAGCUCUGUUACAAGAUACCUCGGGCGAAGCCGAAGCCUUACGUUGAGGAUGGAAGGGGCAAGGCACGGCACAUUCCUACUGGUCGCUUGCAGCCGCACUGGCAUGCACCGACCUUCAGUCGACAUCUCACGGAGGAGCAUGAAUUUCCGCCGACGGGGAAUACAAGGGGGGGUCGACAAAAGGGAGACGGCAAGGGUUCCAAAGCCGGCGGGAACCCGGGUUCGGUUGGGUUCUGGCAGGAUCCCCGCUGCGCCCUCGGCUUUAAAGCCGGCGGGAACCCGCCCACUGUCAAACGGUGGCGCUUUAUAUACCGUCUAGGCUGGAGGCUGAGAGAUGUGAUACGGUCGCGGCAUGCGUGUGGGUAA